UCAUUGGACGAAUCGGUCUCGAAUUGGGAAAGAUUUUAGAAGUAAUUUUACUUGGCGUAGAAUAUAAAAAAUCGUGACAAAAUGGCAACUGCAAAAUUCAAGGCAACAUCUCCCUACGUCAAGCCGAAACCUUCACCACCUGAGGAAGAUUAUCUCUAUAACAAAAACAUGGAAGAUAUGGCGUUGAAGACCGAUUCCCGAAAUGAUCCGAUACUCAAAGUGGCCCUCUUCGGUGUAGGCAGAGCUGGAACGAUACAUUUAGCGUCUAUAAUUUCUAAUUCACGUGUCGAGCUCGUAUAUAUCAUAGAUGAUGUCGAGAGCAAUUGGCCAAGUAUGCGUAAAUACUGGAAUCUAAAGAAUGUUAGCUUCCUGAAUAGCAAGCAAUCCGACAAAGUAUUCAAAGAUCCCAAUAUCGAUGCGGUUGUCGUGGCGUCGCCGACUUACACGCACGAGGACAUCGUGAUCAAGGCCCUGAAGGCGAAGAAGGCGGUCUUCUGCGAGAAGCCUAUAGCGGAAAAUCGGGCGGACACUGUCAAGUGUUACGAGAUAGCUGAGAAAGAAGGCACCCCGCUGUUUUGCGCGUUCAAUCGGCGAUUUGAUCCUAGCUACUCGGAGGUGCGAGACCGAGUUCGAAGAGGCGAAGUCGGACACGUUCACAUGAUCAAGACGGUCUCGCGGGAUUCUCCUCUGCCUACUAUAGACUACCUGAAACACUCCGGUGGUAUCUUCCACGAUUGCUUGGUUCACGAUAUCGACAUGAUCACCUGGGUUCUCGGAGAGUAUCCAGACAAGGUUUCGGCGCUGGCUGAUGCGAACAUCCCCGAGAUCAAGGCGAUCGACGACUUCGACACGGUCGCGGUAGUCAUGCACUUUCCCUCAGGUACUGUCGGCAUGAUUGAUCUGUCGCGCAACAGCUCCUACGGGUACGAUCAACGACUAGAAGUGUUUGGUCCGAAAGGCGUCGUGGAGGCCCAGAACGAGCAGCCGAACUCCGUUCGUCGGCGAUACGACCUUCAGGGGUCGACCACCGCUCCGAUCUGGUACUCGUUCGCCAGCCGAUUCAUGAACGGCUACCGAAUCGAAUUCGAUCACUUCGUCGACAUAGCCCACGGUAAGGCCAAAUCAAAGGUCCACUCGAAGGAAAUCCUGGCGGUGAGCAAGGUCGCUACAGCGAUCGAAGAAGCUGCUCGUAAAGGAAAAGUCGUGGAGCUGAACUGGGCGAAGGGUGAAUUGCCCGAUGUUCAAUGAGAGACUUCGACGAGACUGGUCGAUACGUAGAAUUUUACGUACAUCUUAAAAGAAUGUUUACUGUAUACGUAUAUGUAACUGAUAAAAAGAAUACGACAUGACAUUUCGAAUUAACAUGUAUUAAAUGCUAUUAAAAAUGAUGAUUAUAUAAAAUAUAAUAUAAAA